CUCUUCUAACACCCCAAGCGCGCUAUCGUGCACCAGUGCCAUCAUCCACGCGCGCUCAGCGUCGACGGUCGUUCUUUCACGCUCGGCCUGCCACUAAUUGUAGCCCGCCAAAGUCCAACGCGCUAGAUCGCCCCUCAGUCCCGCCGAAAGCUGCAGAAGCACUCACCAACACACAACAUCCCUCAACAUUUUGCCACCUUGCGUCGCGGAACCACAGAGCCUCUGCCAAGAUGUCUGAGCCGAUCCGCAAUAAGAAGAUGGACUCCAUCUCCGCUCCCACACCACAAAACACACCCGCCAAUGCUGCACCUAUCUCCUCGCGCGCCCAGCAGCCGAAUGUUGGCACCAUCAAAGAAGAGGAGCUUGACCGUGCCGCCGCCGGAUUGUUCGCUGCAAACCCCGCCCUGGUCUCAAUGAUGCAGGCAAAGCUUGGUUCCCUCGUUGGCCGCUCAAGUGGCUACAUUGAGUCGCUUCCUGGCUCCGUCCGCCGCCGUGUUGCUGGCCUCAAGGGUGUUCAGAAAGAGCAUUCCAAGCUCGAGGCUGAGUUCCAGGAGGAGGUCCUCCAGCUCGAGAAGAAGUACUUCGCCAAGUUCACACCCCUGUACGAGCAGCGUGCAAAGAUUGUCAACGGUUCCACCGAGCCCACAGAGGAGCAGGUCAAGGUUGGCGAGCAGCAAGACGAGGAAGAGGAGGACGAUGAGGAGCAGCCCGAGAAGGAGCUCAACCAGGAUGAGGGCAAGGACGUCAAGGGUAUCCCAGAGUUCUGGCUGAGCGCCAUGAAGAACCAGAUCUCGCUCGCCGAGAUGAUCACAGACCGCGACGAGGCUGCGUUGAAGCACCUUACCGACGUCCGCAUGGAGUACCUCGACCGCCCCGGUUUCCGCCUCAUCUUCGAGUUCGAGGAGAACGAGUUCUUCACCAACAAGACCAUCACCAAGACCUACUUCUACCAGGAGGAGAACGGCUACGGUGGCGACUUCAUCUACGACCAUGCUGAGGGUGACAAGAUUGACUGGAAGGCGGGCAAGGACCUGACCGUCCGCGUUGAGAGCAAGAAGCAGAGGAACAAGAACACAAAGCAGACCCGCGUUGUCAAGAAGACCGUUCCCACAGAGUCGUUCUUCAACUUCUUCGACCCCCCAAGCCCUCCCCAGGAUGACGACGAUGCCUCCUCCGACAUCGAGGAGCGUCUCGAGCUCGACUACCAGCUCGGUGAGGACAUCAAGGAGAAGCUCAUUCCCCGUGCCAUCGACUGGUUCACCGGUGAGGCUCUCCAGUACGAGAACCUUGAGGACUUCGACGAGGGCGAGUUCGAGGACGAAGACGAUGAAGAUGAGGACGAGCUCAGCGACGACCGUGAUGAGGAUGAGGAGUCAGAUGACGAGAACGACGGCACAAAACCCAAGCAGGAGGCUGCCGAGUGCAAGCAAAGCUAAACGUCUCUUUCGACUGAUCUUUUUCGAUGAUAUCUCAGGGCAUUGGGCUUGUUUCAACAAUCUAGAUGGCUAUUCUGGCUGUGACAGGCUCACAACCUGACCCUUUCCCGUUACAUUUGCACAGCACUACAUGUUUUCCUGCACGGCGUAUCAUUGCAUCAAAAGAGCUGGACGCUGAUCGGGGGUGCUUGUUCUAGCUAUACACGAACUAUACUGGUUCUCCCUCCCUCGCUCCACUCCACUCUACACUAAUAGUCCCUGCUCAUAGCACGCCCUCAGGUACGCCCUGUCUGGUAGCAACAGAAUCUUGACAUCUUCGGCGUAGGGUAGCUGGAGUGUUGUUGCGCACUCAAUGCAUGAGGCAGCGAUGAGCAGCGGAUGAACCACGACUACAGCGAUGGAUAGUAAAAGUUUUGGUAUAUAGAAUGAGAUGAAUGAGAUACGAACAG